AUGGAUAAAACUGGACCUUCAGGAAACAAGCGAAAGCGAGUAGCUCUAAAUACUUCGACAAAUGAAAAGAUCUUAAGUCAGUGGAUAGAGGCUGAGUUGGAGCGAGAGUUCAGUGUUGUGGAUGAUGAAGAAGUGGAUCCAGAUUUCUGUUUGCACAGUGAUCAUAACUCGGCUUCAGAACAAUCUGAGGAUGAAGAAACUCAAUCUCAACGACAAAGAUCACCCCGAAGUUCAGUUGCGAUGCAAGAUUCAGGUCUAUCUUCAAUACAAGAUAAUAUACACACAGAAUCCCAAAGAUACUACAUAGGAGCCGAAAACACCAUGCUCAAAGUGCCUAAUUUCACCAGCGAUGAAAAGGCCUUGUUAGCAGCCCUAAUAAAGAGUAAACCAAUUGUGGAGUCGAAAGCAACUGACGGCAAGUCAGUUGAUAAAAAGAAAACUGCAUGGGAGUCCAUAACGCAAGAGUUUAAUUGCCAAGCUUAUGUUUAUAAGACAGCACCUGUUAUAAUUUGUGAAGUGAAAAAUUCAUUUGAUAGUGAUGGAUGCCUAUUAAGUUCACUUGAAGAGGAGGAAGUGAAAUCCAGUGAUUGCAAAAUAGAGUUGGCUACUCAAGAAAUCAAACAACAGGCAGCAGAACUAGAAUUACAGUCAAAUAAAAUUUUUCGGAAAAAGCUACAUUAG